GCGGAACGGCAGCAGCCUCGUUCAGAGAGAAACGUGAAGACGGAUCACUCAGAGCUCGACCACCGUGUCGCGCAUAGCUUUCCUGUCUCCGUCUAAUCGUGUUGUUUCUCUAUUUCUCUAUCUCCCCUUCUCUCUCUCUCUCUCUCUCUCUCUCUCUCUCUCUAUCUGUUUGUCUCCCUUUUUCUUUCUUUUUAUUUAUCAAUCUUAUUCAGUCUUUCUAUCUUUUUCUCUUUCUAUCUGUCAUUCAUAAUCUUCGUCGUUGUCAACGAGACAAAGACGAGAUAGAGGGAAAUAGAUCGUUUAUCUAGUGCGUGUGUGUUUGUGAACUAUGAUCCUUCAUCAAGGAUUUCGACGUACUUAGGAUCUUAAUAAGGAUCUAAAUUAUCGUUUAGGAACCAAAGAUCGUAAUAUCACUCUGUGAUAUUGCAAGUGAUAUUCUAAUAACAGUGAACAUGUCGAAGUCAGGAAGCAUUAAAGAUGGCGAAAAGGGUCCUUAUGAUCCUGUGCCAACCAAUAAUGACGCAGGAGGUGACGAAAUUAAACUUGAAGCAAAAAUGUCACUUCUCAAUGGUGUCACCGUUAUCGUUGGUUCGAUCAUUGGUUCUGGAAUCUUUGUCAGUCCAACCGGUGUUUUAAAACAUACCGGAAGUGUUAAUGCUAGCCUUUUGGUAUGGACCGCUUCAGGACUUUUUUCCAUGGUAGGAGCCUAUUGUUAUGCCGAGUUGGGUUGUAUGAUAAGGAAGUCAGGAGCUGAUUAUGCGUAUAUCAUGGAAACCUUUGGACCUUUUAUGGCCUUUAUAAGACUAUGGAUUGAGUGCAUGAUAGUACGGCCUUGCAGUCAAGCUAUCGUGGCCUUGACAUUUAGCAUUUACGUUUUAAAACCUAUUUUUCCUGAUUGUGCACCACCAGAUGAUGCUGCACGAUUACUUGCUGCCUGGUGUAUAUGUACUCUGACAUUUAUAAAUUGCUGGGACGUUAAAUGGGCAACAAAAGUACAGGACAUUUUCACAUAUGCAAAACUUUUUGCACUUUUUAUUAUAAUCUGUACGGGAGCGUAUCAACUAUUCACUGGACACACGGAAUAUUUCACGUUCGAGAAUACCAAAACGGAGAUCACAUCGAUAGCAUUGAGUUUUUAUUCAGGAUUAUUUGCUUACAACGGUUGGAACUAUUUGAACUUUAUCAUUGAGGAAUUGAAAGAUCCUAUCAGAAAUUUACCGAAAGCCAUUGCGAUCUCUUGUACCUUGGUUACGAUCGUCUAUGUAUUAACCAACAUGGCUUUUUAUACGACCUUGAGCCCCGUUGAAGUUUUAGGUAGCGGUGCCGUUGCUGUUACGUUUGCCAAUCAUCUGUUCGGAAUAAUGGCAUGGAUAAUACCAGUGUUCGUAGCUUUGUCAACAUUUGGCGCAGUAAAUGGAAUUCUAUUGACGUCUUCUCGACUUUUUUAUGCUGGUGCAUGCGAGGGACAAAUGCCGGAAAUACUUACAAUGAUCCAAACCUCGAGAUUGACACCUACGCCAGCUGUUAUUUGUAUGGCUCUCCUGUCGAUGCUUUACUUGUGCUCAUCCGACAUCUUUGCACUGAUCAACUACGUCGGCUUUGCCACUUGGUUAAGCAUUGGCGUCUCUGUUCUAUGCCUUCCUUGGCUUAGAUGGGCUCAACCAAAUUUACCAAGGCCAAUUAAAGUAAAUCUCGCUUUUCCAAUCGUCUACAUCAUCGCCACACUCUUCGUCACGGUAGUUCCCAUGUAUAUUACACCUUUGGAAACAGGUUAUGGUUGUUUAAUGAUAUCAUCGUCGGUACCAGUAUAUUUUGCAUUUAUUGCAUGGAAAAACAAACCUAAAUUUUUCGUCAAGGGUGUUGUAGGUACCACAAAGUUCCUACAGAAGAUAAUGGUGGUCGUCGGGAAGUCUAAACCAGCUCAGGUCUAAUUGCCUCGCUUGCGUUAGAAAAGGAAAGAGGAAGGAAGGAAGAAGAAAAAGAAAAAGAAGAAGAAGAAUAAGAAGAAAAAGAAGAAGAAGAAGAAAAAGAAGAAGAAGAAGAAGAAGAAGAAGAAGAAGAAGGUAGAACGAAGAUAGACGGAAAGAAAUAGACAAGAAAAGGGAUUAGGGAUUAAGAGUGUCCUAGGACAAGAGGCAGCCAUAUUGAAGUAGGAUACUGUCAAUCAAAUCCCAAAAUUCUGAUCUUCCUCAUUGUAUCUUCGUCGUCCUCAUUGUAUCUUCUUUUUCUUUUUUUCUCUGUCUGUCUCUCUCUCUCUCUCUCUCUCUCUCUCUCUCUCUCUCUUUCUGUCUUUCUCUCUUUCUCUCUUUUUCUUCUUCUCUCAGAAUCCGUAAGAAGAAUUUCGUUAAUAUUUUCUUCGCGAAAUACCAACGAACGUUUUUCUUCUUCUUCUUCUUCUUCUUCUUCUUCUUCUUCCUCGUUCGACAAAAAUCAACAAACGUCAACGUGCGAAGAGAAAAAAAGUGUUGGCCUAAAAACAAACAAACAAACAAACAAACAA